UGUGACAUUCAGGUCAGCCAGGACGGACAUGUGCAGUGCGGCUACAGAGUGAAACGGGAGCUCUACCUGCCCAUCUACCUCAUCGACUUUGCCAUUUUCUACGUCAUACCGCUGCUUCUCGCCAUCGUGCUGUAUGGCUUGAUAGCGCGGGUCCUCUACCUCAGCCCUCUGCCCAACCAUUGUGACACAAGCGCCACCACACUGCGUCGGAGCUGCAGGGAAGCCUCGGUUACGGGGAAGGGAGGACGCCAGGCCCGGCCAAAGAGCGCCCUCUCCUCCAGGAAACAGGUGACAAAGAUGCUGGCAGUAGUGGUGAUCCUAUUUGCUCUACUGUGGAUGCCCUACCGGACUUUAGUUUUGAUCAACUCUUUUGUGUCCACGCCCUAUCUGGAUGCCUGGUUCCUCCUGUUCUGCCGGACAUGCAUCUAUGCCAACAGUGCUAUAAACCCUGUGAUAUACAAUGCCAUGUCUCAGAAGUUUCGCUCAGCAUUUCGCGGGCUUUACCGCUGCCAACCGCCAGAGGGAAACCAGAGGACGCUGUCAAUGAUCCACACGGGCUUCGGCACCAUUCGAGACCCCCGAGCCUCCCAGGCCAAUAGCAAUGGAACCGAUGAAAAUGCAAGGAGAGACCUCUUGAAUACUGACACUGAUAUAACUACAAAGCAGAAUGGAAGUGGUCAUCAGGAGACAGCAACAGCCAAUGGCAAGAAAGCAGACCACCCCAUCGACAUAAGCCCAGCUACUAGCUUUGGUGUAGGUCCAGCUGAGACGACACCAUCUGGUGAUGACGAGUUGGUUUUGCCUUCAUUAAAUGAUGCUACAGUUUAUUUAGCAGACAGACUUACAACACACGAUAAGCAGGAGAGCAUGUAAACUUCUGUAUCGCCACAUUGUAGGAUAUCUAUAGAUCUGUAACCACCGCUUAAAUUCAAUGCCAAAAAACAAACAACAAAACUAUAAAAUUGAUCUGAUUGGAUCCAGUGGAUUGCUCAUGGGCAGGAUCCAAUUUCUGUCAAAACUAAAUCUGAGAAGAAACAUGAGCGUUUAUUUUGUGAUUUAAAAGUGGUAGAUUUCACCUUGACCACUGAGAUCACAUGGAAGUAGAUGAAAGAUCAUAAGUAGAUGUCAUACUGUGGUAUGGAAACAUUAUUUCUUCGGUCACUAAAUUGCAUGUCAAAAUGUUGGCUCAUAAAUGAAUUAGAGUUUGUAGAAGAGAGGCUGCAUAUGUUUCGUUAAAAGCAGAUUUUACUCUCCAAAAAUACAUAACCUGUUCUCCACAGGUUCUUGUUCUGAACCAAGACCUUAAGGAAUUCAGAUAUUAGAAAUUCAAGUAGAAAAAUGAAUAAUGCGAUGUUUCUGUAAAUUGAUAAUGAGUUGAGUGUCUCUUUGUGUCACCCUUCAUUCAGUCAAACAGUUUGACAAACAGAUCUCAGUCCCAUAUUCAGCUGGCAGGUUGUCGGACAAAGAAACGCUGCUGUCAUUGUGUCUUUGUGCACAUCUGGCAGCCCAGAGCCCUCCGUCCUGUCCCUGUUCAGUCAGGAGGAGACCUACCGCACAUAUCAAGCAGCAAUACUUUUCUCUGUGCAAAUUUUAUUUUAUCUGUUUCCCCCCAACCCUUGUGGGCCCUUUUCUGUGGCGGGCCGCGGUAAACCCAUGCAUUAAGACGGCUGUUCAUGAAACUCCUUAUUUUUGAUAAUCUCUGCAACUUUUUAUAAUCAAAGGGCACAUUGAUUAUAAAAAGCUGCUUUUUUCUUGCUUGUUCAAAAUGACUUGCCACGUUACUUUGUUGGUGAUUUCUGAAUCCCUUGAGACAUAAUAUGACUUUUAGGAGACAUAGUCUUCCUUUGCAGGAGUAUUUUUAACAAACAUUGCAAUGUUUCUUUAGCCUUAAGCCAGAUAUGCGAUUUAGAAAUCUAAAAUACUGAUCUGACUCAACAUAAUCAUUAUGUGUAUCAUCAUUAUCAUAUCAGUGUUAUCAUCAUCAUCAUCAAGAUCAACAUCAUUCAAUUUCAUGAGUGCGGAACACAUGGAGACACUGACUGGUGUCGUGCUGUUUAUUUGCUCUUUUAAAUGGAUAAACCUGACGUGUGUAAACUAGACUUUGAUAUUUUAACUUUUAAAAGGUGUUCGGUGUUUCCUCCUGAACUGUAUUGUUGUCAGAAUGCUAACGCGUUAAACGCAGUAAAGUUCACAUUUUGUCCAGAUAUGUCAUUCUACUGAGUGAGCAUUCCAAAGACAUCCAAUAUGUACAGCUGUGGAACUGAUACUUGGUCUGAGAUUUUUUCCACAUAAACCUGACUCACCUGCUUAUCCUCACUGACAAAGACAACGUACAUGUUAAGAAAUAAACUGUACAGCUAAAGAGUGCAUUUUUUUGACAUUUGAUAUCAUUUGCACUCUUUGCCUUUGACCGUAGCGCAGCUAGAGAACUCAUUAUCCGUCCUUUAAGGAUAAAGCCUCAUCUCAGGACAUAGAGAUGUACAUUGAACUACCUGUUCCUUCUCGCUGCAUUGAGAGUUGGUCUUUAUGCUUCAUAGCAUUUCAUUACAGGGAACAAAUCUUGAAAAGAACACUUGUUGCUGUCUUACCAAGGAUAAAGGGAGAAGAUUGACAAUAAGUCCAGCACAGUAAUCCAGCGCUAGCUUAGCAUGUUUUAUUUAGUUCAAAGGAUACUUUACCCAAUAACUGACCUUGUGUUACCUUCAGUUAUUGAAUGCAUCCACGGUGAACGGAGAAUCAAAGAACAGAAGAAAGUCUUGAUGAAAUGAAGUAAAUGGGGGCCGCGUUUAACAACAGCAAAACUAUACCAAAAGUAUAGUCGUAAGUAAUUCAAAUAUUAAGGCAAUAGCAAGGAUCUGCUUCAGUAAACUUGUCCCAUAAAUCAGCUCCAACUUUAACUGAUGACAACACUGAGUGAACCUGUGUCCCAACAGGCACUCUCAUUCCACUACCGUAGCACCUUAGCAUGCUGUACACAGCUGAAUAUGAUGUAUUGAGUGGUAUUAGCUUCCUGGCAUCAUCUUCAAUGUAAGAAAGUGAGUGUAAAUAACUUCAUGUAAUAUUAAGAUCACUUCUUUUUAUCUAGUUAGCAGCUAGCAACAUUCAGUUAAAUGUAAACUCUGAAGCUAUUAUUUCCAAGGGGAAAUGAAGCUCUGCAUGUAACCCUGUUUCUGUUCCUUUCUCUGUUGCUGUAGUUACUGUAAGUGAUGAAUGUAUGUAUAUGUAAGUUAUGAUUGUUUUCUUUCUGCAAUUUGUGGAAUGCACUGCAUGCCUGCACUGAUCUUGCUGGAGCUAGUUGGCUUUUGACGUAAUUAGUACACAGAAUGUAUUUGUGUUUUUAUAUUCCCGACAGUUUGCUUCAUUACUGAUGAGUAAGCAGAAAUCCUUCUCGUUUA